UGUUGAUAAUCAUUCAUUUAAUUAAAAGCGAAGUUAAUUCAACUGUUUGAUUGAUGGAUUAACUAAUUAACUCUUUUUAAUGACGUUGUUAAUCUGAACUGAACUUCUAUCAUCCUUUCGAUCGACAACUUCGAGUUCAGAUCAUUUUUCAUUCUAAUUACUGUGAAAAUUGUUUUUCUUUACUCUUUUUACCUUCAAAUGAAUCCUUCAACUAAGACUAAAAUAUAUAUUGGUGGUCUUCCUGAUUCUUGUAGUACUGAGGAUUUAAGAGCUGCUUUUGAAAAAUAUGGGAACGUAGAGGAAUGUGAUGUUAUUAAGAAUUUUGGUUUUGUCCACAUGGGUGAUGAAACUGAAGCCAGAUCUGCUAUCGAUGCACUGAAUGGAUCCGAGUUCAUGGGAGUAAAGAUUACAGUUGAAGCUUCUCGUAGUAAAGUCAGACCAAAGCCAGGAAUGGGGGGUAAAGGUCAAUGUUACCGCUGCGGUAAAAGUGGUCAUUGGUCGAAAGAGUGUCCGCGAAAUACUUCUGAUCGUCAUAAUCACAACGGUCGUGCUCCUCUUCCCACUCAUUCUCAACCUCCUCCUCCUCCACAGCAAAUGCCUCCUUCAGGCCCCGCUGGUUGGUACGGAGGAAGAUACGGUCCAGUUCGUAAUUAUCCGGCUGAAAAUCGAGGUUAUGAUCGUGCUUAUUCUCGCCCCUAUCCGGAUCUUUAUGAUAGGAGGCCACCGCCACCACCUUUACCACCACGCGAAGAAAUCUAUUAUAGAAGACCUUAUCUCGAAGAAUAUUCUUACAGAAGGUCACCUUCGAACACAGAUCGGUAAAAGAAUCAACAAGAUCUUCAUUUUUACAUUUACUCAUCUAAUUCGGUGAUAUAUUUACAUCGCUCUUGAAACAAAAUUCUCGUGUUCGUGCCGAUUUCAGAUCAUUUUUCUCUUUUUCUCUCUUUAUUUAUUCAUUAUCAUCUCGGAAUCGCUAAUCAACUAAACGGAAACUUAUUUUCAGUUACUCUUUUGUUUGACCUUCUUUUUUGUAAUUAAUAAAAUGAAUAACCCUUAAGUA